GAGAGGAGGGAGGGGAGUUGCAGGGUGAUAAUAUUAGGGUCGGCCUGACUACUAAACAUGUGACUACACUGUGUCGAUGCGUACCGCGCCAGUGCCGUUUCACAGAAGCAGGACAUCUACAGCAGCACAGCCGACCAGCAGGUAAACUAAGAUGGACCUGAAGGACCAGGGCGCUCAAAUGGAGCCGCUGCUUCCCACGGUAAUAACACCUUCCAGAGGAAGAAGUGUGAGAGGUGAUGAGGAGGCAGUGGUGGACAGAGGAGGCACUCGUUCAAUGCUGAAGGCCAAUUUAGAACAAGAGGAUCUGGAAGGCCAUAGAACAUUGUAUAUCGGGGUACAUGUGCCUCUGGGACGCCGAAGCCACAGACGCCACCGCCAUCAUGGUCACAGACACCGGAAGAGGAGCAGGGAGAGAGACUCAGGAGUGUGUGAUGGGCGAGAAUCACCUUCAUAUGACACACCCUCUCAGAGGGUUCAGUUUCUGCUGGGAACUGAAGAUGAUGAUGAAGAGCACAUUCCACAUGACCUCUUUACUGAGCUGGAUGAAAUCUGUCUGCGUGAUGGAGAGGAUGCUGAGUGGAGGGAGACGGCUAGGUGGUUGAAGUUUGAGGAGGAUGUUGAGGAUGGAGGAGAGAGGUGGAGUAAGCCCUAUGUAGCCACACUCUCUCUGCACAGCUUAUUCGAGUUACGCAGUUGCAUCAUUAAUGGCACGGUGCUGCUUGACAUGAGAGCCAACUCCUUAGAGGACAUUGCAGACUUGGUGUUGGAUCAACAGGAAUCCUUGGGGGAGCUUGGAGAGGAGGUGAGAAAGAAAAUCCGAGAAGCCCUGCUCAAGCAGCACCACCAUCAAAACCAAAAGAAGCUGGCCAACCGUAUUCCAAUUGUACGGUCUUUUGCGGACAUCGGCAAAAAACAGUCUGAAUCUAACUCUAUGGACAAGAACGGUGGCUCAUCUUUCUGUUCAGCGCUUAAGUCUUCUCUUUGGGGUUCAUUUAACUCUGAUGGGAGGUACAGGCAGGUGUCUUCCUGCUGGCCUCAAUGCUUCACUUCCAGUGUCUCCAUCUCGUCUCCACUCCCCAAAUCGUCCAACUUCACCUCCACCGACCAAGCCCACACACACAUCUCACUACAAUCCUCACAACAGGCACACAUUGACCUGGACCCAGGCCAGAUGAUCCUUCCUCAGACCCAGCCUAGUGCACAUGACCUCAAGCCAGAGAUCACAAGAGAUUGCAGUAGUGUGGAUUUUAGUAAGAUAGACCUGCACUUUAUGAAGAAGAUUCCUGCUGGAGCUGAGGCAUCUAAUAUCCUAGUAGGGGAGCUGGAGUUCUUGGAGAAACCUGUAGUGGCCUUUGUACGUCUCUCACCUGCAGUCCUUCUCAAUGGCCUGGCAGAAGUUCCUAUAACCACCAGGUUCCUUUUCAUUCUUCUCGGGCCGCUGGGUAAAGGGCCACAGUACCAUGAGAUCGGCAGGUCCAUCGCAACUCUGAUGACUGAUGAGGUGUUCCAUGAUGUUGCAUACAAAGCUAAGGACCGCAAUGAUCUUGUGGCUGGAAUCGAUGAGUUUCUUGAUCAAGUAACAGUUCUACCCCCUGGUGAAUGGGACCCAUCUAUCAGAAUUGAACCACCAAAAAACGUCCCUUCUCAGGAGAAGAGAAAAAUCCCUGCUGUCCCUAAUGGAGAGCUGGCAGAGACUGAAGAACAUGGGGGGCAUGGAGGCCCUGAGCUACAUCACACCGGGAGGCUGUUUGGUGGGCUUUUUCUGGAUAUAAAGCGCAAAGCACCACAUUACCUAUCGGACUACACUGAUGCCAUCAGCCUGCAAUGUGUGGCUUCUUUCCUCUUCCUGUACUGUGCUUGCAUGUCUCCUGUCAUCACCUUCGGAGGAUUGCUGGGGGAGGCCACUGAGGGACGCAUUAGUGCUAUCGAAUCUCUGUUUGGUGCAUCGAUGACUGGGAUUGCGUACUCCCUGUUUGCAGGCCAGCCUCUCACUAUCCUUGGCAGCACUGGUCCUGUGUUGGUUUUUGAGAAGAUAUUAUAUAAAUUUUGCAAAGAGUAUGGGUUGUCCUAUCUGUCUCUGAGGACAUGCAUUGGCCUUUGGACCGCUUUCCUCUGUCUGCUGCUGGUGGCUACUGAUGCCAGCUCACUUGUUUGUUACAUCACUCGUUUUACAGAAGAAGCGUUUGCUUCUCUCAUUUGCAUCAUUUUUAUCUAUGAGGCUCUGGAGAAGCUGAUCCAUCUUGGCGAGACUCACCCUUUUAACAUGAACAACAACCUGGAAAAACUCACCACCUAUUCUUGUGCCUGUAUAGAGCCUGUGAAUCCCAACAAUGCCACCCUGAAUUAUUGGGAGCAGAACAACAUCACAGCAUCAGAGAUCUACUGGGAAGCUCUGGAAGUGCAGGACUGCAUAGAGAAGAAGGGGAUGUUUGUGGGCUCAGCCUGUGGGCCUCAUGGUCCCUACAGCCCUGAUGUACUCUUCUGGUCUGUUGUGCUCUUUUUCUCCACUGUGGCCAUGUCUGCUUUCCUUAAAGAGUUCAAGACCACUCGAUACUUUCCUACCAAGGUCAGAUCAAUCAUCAGUGAUUUUGCUGUGUUCAUUACUAUUCUGACAAUGGUUCUGAUCGACUACGCUAUAGGUGUCCCCUCCCCCAAACUGCAGGUCCCCAACAAUUUUAAGCCAACAAGAGAUGAUCGAGGUUGGUUUAUUAACCCAUUGGGGCCGAACCCCUGGUGGACUUGCAUCAUAUCAGUGAUCCCUGCCCUUCUUUGUACCAUCCUAAUUUUCAUGGACCAGCAGAUCACUGCAGUCAUCAUUAACAGAAAGGAACACAAACUUAAGAAAAGCUGUGGGUACCACCUGGAUCUGUUCGUAGUGGGUGUGAUGCUGGGUGUGUGCUCACUGAUGGGGCUGCCCUGGUUUGUGGCAGCUACAGUGCUUUCAAUCUCACAUGUUAACAGCCUGAAGCUGGAGUCUGAGAGCUCAGCCCCGGGAGAACAGCCUAAGUUUCUUGGCAUCAGAGAACAACGGUUUACUGGUCUUAUGAUUUUCCUCCUGAUGGGAUGCUCUGUCUUUAUGACCUCCAUUCUCAAGUUUAUUCCAAUGCCUGUUUUGUAUGGAGUGUUUCUCUACAUGGGAGCAUCAUCACUGAGAGGAAUACAGUUUUUUGACAGGCUGAAGCUGUUUGGAAUGCCAACUAAGCACCAGCCUGACUUCAUCUACCUGAGGCACGUUCCUCUGAGGAAGGUUCACCUGUUUACCAUCAUCCAGCUCAGCUGCUUGGUGCUUCUCUGGGUUAUUAAAACAUCCCGUGCCGCCAUCGUCUUUCCUAUGAUGGUUCUUGCUCUGGUAUUUAUCCGGAAGCUACUGGAUUUUUUUUUUACUAAAAGAGAGUUGAGCUGGCUGGAUGACCUCAUGCCAGAAAGUAAGAAAAAGAAAAUGGAGGAUGCAAAAAAAGAGGAGGAGCAAAGUAUUUUGGCAGAAGAAGAGGGAGUAGUACAAGUGCCGUUGGAAGGACAUUACAAGGAUGAUCCAUCGUCUGUGAACAUUACAGAUGAGAUGUCUAAAGCCUCAUUUGGAAACACUUGGAAUGCUGUCAGCUCUGAAGGCUCAAAAAAGUGAACCAACCACAAAAGAUGAUGAGCACUUAAGUUUACACACGGCCUGCAGCAGCAGUGAAGGGCAAGGACAUGAAAAAAGAGAGCUUCAACAUAAAGACAAGCCUCUGACCUGCAUCUCUGUCACUGUGUUCUCUCACAAAAUGUGCCAUGUUCCUGCUCCUAUAUGUCUUUGUUCAUUUUUCUUUAGUGUUUUUAAUAGAUUUUUGUCAAUACUGUACGCAUGUUUGGAAAUGGUCAGUCUCUUUAUUUAUAUGUCCGUUCUCUGUUUACUUAAAUAAAACAAUACCAGCGGGUGAA